AUGUAAAUGUCAGGACCAUUUCCUUGAAGGCUCAUUGACCUUUCACUUGCUUAUGAGAUUGUGUUGAUAGAUGAAGUUUUAUCAAGUUAUUUUGGUUUGUAUUCGUUGUAAAGUUACACAUUUGUAUUUGUUGUUUGUAGUAUUUAAUGUCAGGGUUCAUCCAUUGAUUGUUCAUUGAUGUGUAUGAGUAAUUUGGUGACCAGACGGCAUGAAGCUCAGUUUACGAUGUCUACUAUUCUGUCUAGGUUUUCACUUCUACCCAGCUUGUACUCAAAUGCUGCCACAAGCUAGGCUGACAGUUGAGCCACAGAAUCCUGUGUUCACCGGGGAGACCGUCAAAUUGACCUGCCUGGUGAGGUCCUACAUUGGCUGGAGAUACAAGUGGUUCAAAAGGAACACUGGAGCCGAGCUGGCGCCCUCGGGGCGGUACAGCAAAAGUGAGAAUGUUUUCACCAUCAGGGGGGCUGCUGGAGAGGACAACGCCCUCUACUGGUGUCAGGGGGAGAGCAGCACGGGCUACCUGCAGUCACACAUCAGCAAUGCUGUUCAGCUAGCAGUGACUGCCCUGCCCAGAGCUACACUCACUGUCCAGCCUCACCCUCCCGUGUUCACCGGAGAGACGGUCACACUGAAGUGUGCGAUAGAGUCUCACAGUGGCUGGACAUAUAAAUGGUAUAUGGGGUCAAGCACAAACCCAGCGUUUCAAUCUGAGGGAAACUCAUUCAUCAUCAGUGGGUUGAAGGAGUCUCAUGCAGGCCAGUGCUGGUGCCAGGGGCAGUGGAAACACAGACCUCUGUCUAUACACAGUAAUACCAUUCACCUGAGAGUACAAGCUCUGCCUGCAUCUACUGUUGUUCUGCAGAAUCCACAGAGUCUGUUCUACGCUGGAGACAUCAUGUCUCUGAGAUGUGACCUAGCCGACUACACAGACUGGGGUCGGUAUAGCUGGUACAGAGACCGCAGUCUGAUUCCCAACAUGACCAGUAAGGCCGUCGCUGUCACUCUCCUUGCCCAGGCUGGACAAAACCAGUUUACGUGUGAAGGAGAGAGGAACAGCAGACCAAAGAGAUCUCAAGUCAGCACAGCCAUAGAAAUCACUGCAUUAGCACAGAGAGUUGAGACAGCCUCACAACCCAGCAAUAACAUCACUCACGGUGGCCAAGAUGAAUCACUCGCCUCUACUCUAUCUGUAUCGCGAAUGGUUUGUUCCUUGCUGGUGGUCUCUCCAUACCUGUUUGUGUCUGUGAUACUGGGGGUUCAAUGCCACAGAUAUCGAGGGGCGAACUACAGGCACUCAAACAGAAAACACGGAAGAUUGAAGCCAUAUGUCUGAAGCAGGAAACACUGAAAGAUGGACCCAUUGAAAUUUUGACUACAGUUUCCAUGUUGUUUUUCCUCUGAUUCAUUGAGAGCUCUUGAAUCUAUUGACUCUUUCUCACAAAAUUCUGUCCAUCACAUUUUCAAACAAUAAUGAUGGGAAAC